AUGAAGCGUAGUUUGAAUACUGUGAAAGGGAAAAACACAAGUUUCGGAAAAAUCAAUAUGAACAUGCACGACCAAAUAAAAAUGAAUAAUUUUUACGUGAAUAAUAACCCGAGCAGUAACAUUAGCAGUAACCUUAGCAAUAACCAGAGUAGUAACCUUAGCAGUAACCCGAGCAGUAACGCGGGCAAUAACCCGAACGGUAAGCCCAAUAAUAACCUAAACAGCAUCCAAAUGAACAAUCAGAGGAGCAUCCCGAAUAACUACAACUUAAAUAUAACAAAUUCUGAACUCUCCCAGAACAUUUUGAAUGGUCAAAAUGCACGUGGGUAUGAAUAUAAUUUAUUGCCCAACCAAAGCCCAAAGAGUCACCAAAAUGUUAUGUAUGAUCAGAAAAUUGGGAGUAACAAUAGUAAUUAUGUCAGUAGCAGCGCGAACAACAGAACAAACAAUUAUAUGAAUGAAAAAGAAUUUAAUUCACAAAACGCAAAUUUUUUGGAAAAUUUGCAGCACCAUGUAAAUAACAUUCACAAUACACAAAAUAACAACGUUUCUUAUGUAAAGGGAAAAGGACAUAUUUUACAUAAUCAGAAAUAUUUUAUGACCAAUACAAAUAUUAACAUUGCAAAUGACAACAGCAAAAACAUGGCACAUGUGAUGAACUGUAAUCCAAAUAAUUUGCAGCAAAAUUUGUGCGCUAAUAAAAAUUCAGGCGCGAGUAAAAAUUUGUGUGUUAAUAAUAAUGUGCACUCGAAUAAAAAUUUAUAUCAAGCUAAAGAAGCUCAGAAAAAAGGAAAUUUUUCGAAUUACAAUUGUCACCAGGAUUCUUCCAUGAAUCAAACCCAACAAUUUUUUAAUUCAAAAAAAAAUUAUUAUCAGGGCAGUAAUAAUAACAAUGCGAACAUGAACAAUAUUCAUGAUGUGCGCGUGGUGACUCCUGCGGGAAGUGCCAUUAGUUUGCAUUGCAAUCCGCAUGACAAUUUUUUAACAAAAAAUAUAACCGCAGCAAGUGGUGCAAAUAUUUGUUCAAUGAACAAUACUACUCAGGGUUACACAAAUGACAUGACAAAAAGUACACACCCAAAUCAAAGUACCAUCUUUAGUAGUCAAAUGAAUUCGUGGAAUGCGAAAUUCGAUUUGGGGAACAGUAAUAAUAGUAGUAGUGCAGUUAAUAAAGUUCUUCCAAUUACACAAAAUAUGAACACUGCAAAUGGAAAAAUGGCUAGAGGGAAGCCAAAUGAUGAUAGAGGUAACUACAAUGUUGCAACAAAUAAUUAUGAUAGGAAUUUUAUGAUUAAAAAUCAUGGUACUGUUGGUUCGCAUUGCGUUGACAGUAUUAACAACAAUGUUAAGAGUGAUGAUCAGAGGAGAGGUGGUGGUAACUGUAAAAGUAAUCAACAUAAAAAGAAUCUAGCUAAUCAUAAUAGCAACAAUAAUAUAGGAAUAAACAUGAAUGAUAAAAAAGUUGAAUACAAUUUGCACGAUAUUAAAAAUCAGGUAACUAGUAAGAAAGAUAUGCAAAUUGAAGUUCUACAAGGUGGCAUGGUUUCGAAUAAUAAUGAUGCAAUGAGUGGUUACAACGAAUUAAAAAAGAAAUUCAGUGGAAGCAUGGCAAGUGCAUUACGUUUUUCUAGUGUCAAUAAGAACAAUAUUAACAAUGUCGACCCGAGGAAAGAUGUCGACAUUUAUGUGGCAAUGAAUAAUAAUAAUAAUAAUGCCUUGUGUGCUGGUACCACUGUCGCUGGAAACCCUAUAAAUAAUAACCCUAGCCAUGCAGUGAAUUUCAUUAGUCCUUCGAAUAACGGUAAUCAGGUGAUCGACGCCACCAAAAUAUACGCUUCUAAUAUUGACAACAUAUCUCAUCAAUCCAAUUUGCCCAGCACACACGGAGGUGGCAGCAGUAUCCAGAGCAGCCUUCCCUCGACCACUUUCAACUCGGGUAACUUCAACUCGGGUAACUUCAACUCGGGUAACUUCAACUCGGGUAACUGCAACUCGAAUAAUUUCAACUCGAACAAUUUCAACUCGAACAAUUUCAACUCGAACAAUUUCAACUCGAACAACUUUAACUCGAGUAACUGCAACUCGAAGGGCGGUGAAAUAAGCAACAUUCAAAAGGCAUUAACUAAUGACAUUCAAGUGCAUUGUACGAAUAGGAAAAAGGAGAAUUUAUUGGCAAUGCAAAAUUCCAACGGCAGUAAUGACAUGUACUGUGGAGAUAAGAAAAACGCCAUAAACAACAAUCCCCACAAUGGCUUAAAUUGUUCCCCUCAGGAUUCUCAGAAAAUUGGAAAUUUUGUUACAAGAGGGAGCAAUUAUGAAAACAUAAACAAGUUCAAUAAUAGUAGUUGUCAUAAUGGCAAUCAGACGAAUUUGCUAAAUAAUUACAGUAGUGGCUUUUACAAUAGCAUGAAUAAAACAAGUGCGAACAACAAUUUUGUUAAAGCGAACGGCGAAUUUCUAAUGAAUUCUAAUAUUGAUGACAAGAACAAUGCAAUGGGUAAUGAACCCUUUAUGAAUACAAAUAGCCAUUUAAAUGGAGUUUCAGGUGAUACUCCUACGGAAUUCCUGAAGGUUUUGCAAAAUGAUCAGGUCAAUACAAAUCAUGUAAGUGGUAACAACAUAAGUAACACAUCUAAUGGAGGUGUCAUUAGUUAUGGAAAAAACCAUGACAGUGGAUACAACAGUGUAAUUUCAAAUGACAUCAUGACUAAUAUGUCAUCCACCCAAAAGGCAAACUCCCAAUUUAGCACAAUAAAAAACAUGAACAUGAUUCCAACGAAUAAUCAUUUGUUCAACACAGUUAACAAGUAUGACCCUUCUGUAAAUAAUUUAAAUUCACAUCAUCAGUCACAUCAUACGAAUGAGCAGAAUAAUGUUAUGGUUCAUCAUCAUCUUCAUCAGCUCCCAGGGUCUGUUAAAAUUGGUCAAACGAGUAAUAACCUAGGUAACAAUUUGAAUGCUUACAGCAAGACUAAUAACAACAUGGAUAUAAUGAAAAAUCAGAAUCUAGAAAAUGGCACUAUAAACGUAAAUAAUUUUCUAAACAGUAAUAAUUGUAUUAAUAGUAGUAACAUUGUUAGUUGUAGCACUUUCCCAAAUGGUAGUAGCAGUAGUACUAGCAGCAACAGUGGUAGUGGUGGUGAUGGUAAUAGUAUAACUAGUAAUAAUAAUUUAAAUGCAUUAAAGAACAAAGAAAAUGGCAGUGGCAAAACUUCACUGCCACAUACUUCUCCUCUGCCACAUACUUCUCCUCUGCCACAUACUUCUCCUCUGCCACAUACCUCACCACUGCUACAUACUUCACCACUGCUACAUACUUCUCCUCUGCCACAUACUUCUCCCCUGCCAUAUGGCACAAGUAGUAAUUAUACCUGGAAAAAAGAUUUUUACAAUUCUAAAAUUAGUAAGUCCAACAUAUACGCACCAAAAUUAGGAGAAUAUUCGACAAAUGGGUCAAGUAACAGUGGUUAUAUAAGUAGUAACAUAACUAACAUUGGGAAUGGCAUAAAUAAUGGAAUAACCAAUACAGUGUCGAAUGCACUAACGAAUAACGCCAACGAAAUUGACAGUAUUACAAACAAUUUGACAAAUGCAUUAUCAAAUAAUAUUACAAAUAAUAUAACAAAUAAUUUGCAAAUUAUCCAUAACAAUAACGUUACACAGAAAAUUAAUAAUAAUAUAUCAAUAAAUUUAUCCAGUGGGAUGACUGGGAUGACUGGGAUGAGUGGGAUGAAUGGGAUGAGUGGGAUGAAUGGGAUGAGUGGGAUGAAUGGGAUGAGUGGGAUGAAUGGGAUGAAUGGGAUGAAUAAUGUGAACCUUAGUAAUAUGAAAAAAUUUAAAAAAAAUGUUUUUAACGCUGCGAGUGUAGGUGAUAAUAUGUCACAUAUGCGAGACGUUAAUCAAAAUGUAGCUAAAUUGGAUUCUUUAGCGAAUUUUAAUGAUCCCAUGAAAAUUUCCCCAAUCGAUAAUGGUAGCAUCCAUAAUGGUAGCAUCCAUAAUGGUAAUAUCCAUAAUGGUAACAUCCAUAAUGGUAACAUCAAUAAUGGAAUGCAUAAUAGUAGCAUCAAUAAUGGAAUGCAUAAUAGUAGCAUCAAUAAUGGAAUGCAUAAUGGCAUCCACAAUGGAAUCAAUAAUGGCAUCAAUAAUAAUAAUCAUGUGAAGAACAAUGUGUACAAGGCCAUGCUGAAUAAUAAUAUAUAUGCUAGCGAAUCAGACCUUACCGGACGCAAUGGCGUACUUUCCAAUUACUACAACAUGAGUGAUAGUGGCAUAAAUCACCUCAAUGAGAAUAGCUUCAAAGGAGUGCAGGUGAACUCGAAUAUGAAUAUCCCAAUGAGUGUGCAAUCCGAUAUGUCCAUGAAUGCACAGUCCAAUAUGUCCCCAAUGAAGAUGAUAACCAAAAAUGAUACACUGGAUCAAGUAGAUACAAGAAAAGGAUUAUCGGUGCAGAGAAGGGUGUCGGAUGUAAAUCCAUCGAAUCCAUAUGGCAAUAUAGACAACAUCAAUUGCUCAAAUGCACGAACCAACGCUGAUAUUUCUGGUAUUUCUAAAUUGAAUAUGAUGUCAAAGGGGAUUAAUUGUAAGGGUUCAUCCAUGGCCAAUCCAGCGUAUGACAAUUUCUAUGAUGUACAUAAUCAGGCCAAUGCAAGGAAUUGUAUGAAAAUGAACAACUUAAAUAUGAACGUAGUAAAUCAAAGCAAUAAAAUGAACAAUGACACGUCACAAAGGUAUGCAUUAAACAGAGGAAAUAAUAACAUGGAGACAAAACAUUUAAGUAUGAACGAAUCGUUACUAAAUAAUCAAUUAAUGAUGUGUAAUAGGAAAACAAACAAAAAUGAAAUAGUCGAUGAAAAGAAUAAAAACUGUUUACCAACAGAUGUGAACAGCCAUUUAAGCAAAGACUAUAAUAUGAGUAAGGAAAAGAUGGAUUCAAAUUCGAAUAGAAACAAAGAGCCACUAUCCAAUUCGAUUGGUAGCAGGUGUGGUGCAUCUAAUUAUGAUAUGAAUGAGAACCUUCAUGCAGAGAAAAGAAAGAAUUAUAAUGACAUGCAUCACAUUAGUGGUGAUAAUAAUAAUAAUAAUAAUAGAAUUAGCAAUGGUACUAUUAGCAGUGGUAAUAAUAAUGGCCUAGUGGAAAACACCAAAAGAAGUAUUAUGCAAUUAAACAAAGUUUUGUAUUCAGGAAACAUAGCUAAUAAUCAGAGUGACAUUGAAAUGAUGAAAACAUUGCAAAGAAGUAACAGCUUAUCGAAAUUAAACAACGCAAAUUGUAUACAUAUAUCUGACUUCAAUAGCACAAUCAAUUCAAUGGGAACAACCCCUGCUAGAAACAGCGAUUUGCAUAAUGAAAGGAAUAAUAAAAAUGGAAUAAUUGGUAUGAAUCAUGUAAACGUUGCCAAUCCUCUAAAUUCGACAAACAUGAUAAACAACGACUCAAUGUUAUUACCCCAGGAAAAGGAACACUUAUUGACUGAAGAUAAAAACAGAAAAAAAAAAUUAUGUGGUAAGGCAAAUCUGAAUUACGGACAUGUAAAUUAUAUGAAUAAUAAUAAUAAUGAUAAUGGAAAUCAGGACACAGGAAUGAAUAACAACUAUUGUACAGAUCUCAGAAAUGGUGGAAUUAACAUCAAUUUCAAUAAUCUGAACCCAUCUGGAGGUAGCCAAAUUGAUCCCAUUCAGAAUAUUAUAAAUAGUGGAAAGGCACAAAGUGAGCUGAACAGGAAUAAGAACUAUCAUGUCAAUUCAAAUGAUAUGAAUAAAAAUGCUUAUACCAAUAGUGAUAUUGUUAAUGACAUGAAUUAUGCAUAUCAGAAUAAACCAUAUAAUGAACAAGUGUACACAAAUGCAUAUGGAAAUUACAUGAUUGGAUUAAGAAAAGACAUGAUCAGUGAAGGAACGAUCAAUGGAGGAAUGACCAAUGGAGGAACGAUCAAUGGAGGAAUGACCAAUGGAGGAAUGACCAAUGGAGGAAUGACCAAUGGAGGAACGAUAAAUGGAGGAACGAUAAAUGGAGGAAUUAUCAAUGGAAAUGAAUCCAACAUUCAGAAUAUCAAUUAUCCAAUAGUAAACAAUUUCAAUAACACAAAUUUUUCCAAUUCAUAUAAAGGCAUGUCUGAAAAUAACAAAAGUAUGUAUCUGCAGUGUGGUCUCAAUCAGAUAGGGGGAGAAGAUGUGUCAUCAAAUAAUGAUGAAAGUAAUACUAUAAAUUCAAAAAGCCUUAUCAACAUCAACAACAACUUCAACAUGUUAAUGAAAAAUGCGAGCACUGAUGUAGUUGAAGAUCAUAGUGCCCUUGUUGGUUUAAGAAGCGCAGGAAAUGGAACUAGUGGAAAAUAUGAUGGAGAUUUAAUUCAGAGUGGUGGCAAAAGUGGUAGCAAAAGUGGUAGCAAAAGUGGUAGCAAAAAUGAUGGCAAAAGUGGCAGCAAAAGUGGCAGCAAAAGUGGCAGCAGAAGUGGCAGCAAAAGUGGCAGCAGAAGUGGCAGCAGAAGUGGCAGCAAAAGUGGCAGCAAAAGUGGCAGCAGAAGUGGCAGCAGAAGUGGUGGCAGCAGUGGAAGCAUCGGUGAUAGUAGUAGCCCUAGUAGCAGUAAUAACAACAUCGGACAUGUAAACAACAAUGACAUAUGCUUGGGAUACAAACAAAUGAACAAUUUCCAAAAGAAAGGGAAUGUUGGAGUUAUGGAUGGUGUUGCGCAUGGCUUGUAUAACAAGGUUACGAAUGAGACGAAUGUUAAAAAUAAUGCAAAUGGAUUGUUAAAAGGAAAUUUAGAGAUAAAUAAUAGUGAGACAAAUGCAUUUUCAUCGAAAUAUGGCAUAGAGAGGAGUAUGACACAUCUCAGUGGUAGUGACAACGUACAGAAUAUUUUUAAUAAAAAUGAGAAUUUAAGUAAUAUUGUGAAUGUAUCAGGUUUUGACACAUCUAGAAAAGGAAUAAAUUUCGAGAAUCCAAACAAUUUAUCAUAUAGCAUAAAUCCAGAUUUCCUUGUUCAGAAUUGUGCAUAUGUCAAAUCAAAAGGAUCUAAUGCAAAUACUGUUCUUUGUGAAAACAAUAUAAUGUCUAUAAAUGGUGGAAGUAUAAACCAAAUUACUAGUUUAAGUGCAAAUGGUGAAAAUCUCAUGGAUUAUAAAAUGCAGAAUAUAAAUAAUGAACAAGUCAUUAUGUAUAGCAAUAAUAACACAGGUGUAUUAAAUAUACAUGAUCCCCAGUUAGCUAAUUUUUCUAUGGUUCAGAAAGGUCAGGAAAUAAAAUCCAUGAAUGUAAAAAGUUCAUGUAAAAGAAAAAAAAUGGAUACUGUAGCAAAAUCGAAUGAACAAAUCAAUGCAACAGAUUCUUUGUCAAAUCCAAGAAGGAUAAGGAAAAAAAAAAAUGAUAAUGUAAAUUUACCAUUGCCUUCAUCAUCCAUGAAUGGAGCAUUAUGCACAUCGUCACAUAUAGAUAUGAAUAAAACCACUGAUGUUAAUCAGAAUUGUAGGUUGCAAAAGGAAAAUUACAAUACCAUGACCCAUCUAAAUGCAGUUCAGUUUUCUACCAGUGGAGAACACUGCAUGCAAAUUAGAGAUAUAGGUAAAAAUUCAGAUAAAACAGAUAAAAUCUGUGAAGAAACAAAUAAAGUCUGUGAAGAGAAAAAUAAAGUCUGUGAAGAGAAAAAUAAAAUCUGUGAAGAAACAAAUAAUAUCUGUGAAGAAACAAAUAAUAUCUGUGAAGAAACAAAUAAAAUCUGUGAAGAAACAAAUAAUAUCUGUGAAGAAACAAAUAAAAUCUGUGAAAGUAGCAUGCAGCAAAGUGCAGUAGAAAACAUAGUGAAGAGGCCAAUAUUUGAUGAAUCUAAAAAUGUACACGAAAGUUACACUGGAGUACAGGAAGCAAGUAUGGAAUAUAAUUUACAGUGGAAUGAUAACAAACAAAUGAUCCACAUAGAUGCAGUUACAGCUAGUUCGAAUGAGUAUAACUCAUUAAUCAUGGAUUCAUCAAAAGGUGUUAAUAUUAACGAACAUGGAAGUGAAAACAUAGAAAAGACACAUUCAAAUUAUGAAUUAAAAAAUGAUGGAAAUAGAAAUGUUGAAAUGGAUUUAGCAAAAGUAGCAUUGGAAUCUGCCGUUUGUAAUAUGGAAACACAGAAAGUGAUUGACUUCAAGAAUUCAAAUGUUAACCUUCUCUCAUGUGAUUUGAAUGAAGAGGCUAAUAGAAGAUUCAGCUUUGACCGUAAGGACGGAAUUAACAUUAAUAAGGAGACUAAUAAUUCAUCAGACGAAGAAAUUGUCAAUAGUAAAAAUAUUAUAAAAGAACAAAAUGAUGAACAUCAAAGUGGAAAUAACUCAGUGAUACAUAACGAAUAUAGUGUGGAAAUUUCUAACUUGGAUGCAAAAGAUGAACAAAGUAUUAACAAAUUGAGUACUUACAUUUGUCUUAAGAACAUAGAGGAAGAGAUUUCUAAUUACAAUGAAUCUAGAAAAGAUGUUUUAUUACAACAGGGUGAAAUAAACAAAACUGUGCAAAAAAAUGGAAACCAUAUCAUGGUAGUAGAUUCAAAUACAAACCUAACCGAUGAAUAUAUGAAUUGUAUGAAUAAUAAAAAGAAUGAAUACAAUGAUACGAAAGAAUUUAGAACGAACACUUAUGCCAGUAUCGAAGAAAUUUUUAACGAAUCAAGUGUAAAUAAUUUAUAUGAAGAACAUGAAAAUGAAAACGUGAAAAACAAUCUUGAUAACGUUGACACAAAAGAAGAGAAUGGAAUAAUCAUGCUUGAUAACAUCACUGUACACCAUUCUUCUGCAAAACCAAGUGCAGAACCGAAUGCUAAUGAAACCAAUAGUAUCAUCGAAGGAGUAGAGACAGAAACGGAAGAAAAAACAGAGAGCUUAUGCCACCCGGAUGGAAAAAAAGAAGUAAGCAGCUCAUGUAUUAAUGAAAAGGAUGAUGAUGAUAAUGAUAAUGAUGAUGAUGGGUACUAUAAAAAAAUUGCUCAAGAUACGAAAUCCAUGAGCUAUGACAAAUUACAUAGGAACAACAAAAGUGAUUAUUUAAGUAAAGAAGACGAAUUGAUAAAUGAUGAAAACGAAGAAUGGAUUCAAAAGAAGGAUGAGGAGGAACACACCACCCUGUUGAUUAAUGAGUCUUUCAGGAGUAAUGAAAAUGUUAUUUUGUCAAUGAAUAAUGAAGAAUUGAAAGAACAUUGGUACAUGUCAAAUAAGGCAUUUGAUAUUUUUUUAAAAGAAAAGGAAAAUAAAAACAGUGAAAAUGAGGAUGUUACCACUACAGCUGAAUCGAAUGAAGAGAACGGGAAUGAGGACGGGAAUAAGAACGAGAGUGAGAACAAGAAUAAGAACGAGAGUGAGAACGAGAGUGAGAACGAGAAUGAGAACGAGAAUGAUAUAAACUUUGAUAUUGAGAUGAUUACCCAUUGUGAUGGAAAUGGUGAAGUCGUGGGAAAUGGAAUUAGCACAUUUUACAUUAAUGAAGAUAAUUUCAAUGAAAAUUACAACAGUGAACAUGAAAUGAGUGAAUUCCUUACAAAUAAGGAUAAUGAACAUGGCAAAGAAAACAAAAAGGGAGCGGAUGAAGUGGAAAUUACACUAAAUGAACCAAAUUUUGAUGCAAAAAAAGGCAAUAAAGAUGAUAAAUUAGUCGGAGAAAAUGAAAAUAAUGACGGCAUUGCUAAUACGGGGAAAAAGGGAGAAUGUGAUAAAGCUGAUAUUACAUUUGACUUGGCCUCAAUUUUAAAUAAAGCUUUAGCAAAUGAACUUCAAUUGGUUAUACAAAAAAUAAGAAAAGAACAAAAAUAUACAAACGAUUCAUUAACGUUCAUCGUUUCUAAGAAAAUUAAUCUUAAUAAAUUCACACACCUAUGGUAUUAUUUAAUAAACAUGAAACAGAUGAGAAACGAAGAAAAAAAAAAAUUAAAAAUUUUGAAAUUUCAGAAGGCCAAAAUUUUUCAGACCAAUUUUUAUGAUAAACGUAAGUCUACACUAAACGGAAUUUUUUUAUUUUAUUUUUCUCUCGCUCAUACAACACAUUUAUUGCAUGAACAGUACAUUUAA